CUGAUAAACUUGGCAAUUGAUUCCAUGUGACGAGAGAAGGAGAGGGAGGAAACAUGGCUAACUCCCAACUUUCUGGCUUGAGCAAUUGGGGGUGGGAAGGGAGAUACCAUUUCCCAAGAGAGAAAACACUGGACGAAUUGGAAGAGCAGCAGAUAUUGUGGGGUGAGAGGUUGAGAGAAAGAACUGAGUCCAGUUCAGACCGAGGAGCCUGUGACACAGCCAGCACCAGUGCCAAAGAGCCAGUGGAUACAGGGGUUGAGGCUGCAGACAUAAAUGAAGGAUUCAUCAGCAUAUGUGUGGUUUCUGAACCUAUGGGACAGGAUAGCAUCACUCAGGGAAAGAGCACAGAGUCAGAAGAAAAUAUGACCCAAGACCAGGCCUUGAAGAACUCCAAUAUUUAAUGUUUGGGUAGAAGAAAAGGCCAACAAAGGUAUCUGAAAAGAUGGGCCAGAGAAGAGAGAAUCAACCAAGGGCAGAUGGUCCCAGAAGUCAAACAGAAGGGAGUGAUUCGCUGUGAUGAAUGCUGCAGAGGCCAAAUAAGGUGAGAACUUUGGCUUUAGCCAUGUGGACAUUAUAGUGAUCUUAGAGUGAGAAGUUUCAAGAGAUGAUAGGGUUGGAAUUUCAUUGGGAAUAAUUUGAAGAGUAACAGGUGAGAAAACAGAGACAACAAAAGCACAUACUCUUUAAAGAAGUUUUGCUAUACAGGAGAUAAAAUAAUGGAUGGACAGGCAUAGGAGAUCAAGGAAGCAUCCUUUUAAAAACUACAUACGUCAGCAUGUUUAAACGAGAAGAGAGAGUGUGACAGAGAGGGAGAGGAAAGAAAGUCGGAGUAAGAGUGAGAAAGAGUAAGAU